AUGGCACUUCCACAGACUACAACACAACUUAGCCGUUUGGACGGCGCCCUUAGGCAAUCUAUCGUAUCCGAGACUCAUUCCAAUUCCAACAACACCAUUCGCAACGCCAGCCAGCAUUUGCCCGACCACGAUAGAUCUCUCUCAACAACAAUCGACGCUGCUGCAGAGAAGGCUUGCCCUCACGAAAAUUUGCGUAGCCCGCACAUGGAAGAUUUGGAAAAAUAUCAUGAUUUGACCCCUCGCUAUAACUCCUUUUGUGGCAAAGGUGACGAUACGGUGACAGUGUUGUCCAAUGACAUCCUCAGCGGUCCCAAUCUUCCUAGAAGGCUGAGUGGGUGCGCGUGUGGGGAUCACAGGAAGCCCAAAGCAAUCACGCGAACAUCGUUUUGGAAGCAUAGCAAGGUUGAGGUUGCUGUGCACACAGCUGCUCUAGCUUUAACAGCAUUCGCUCUAUGGCUUGGAUGGAAAGAACGAUACUGGUUCGCCUUAGAGGGUCCUUCUCCAGAUCGAGGGAUCAACGCGGACGUCAUCAUCAAUUCACUCCAGCUACCAGCAAAACUACACGAAAUUCUCAUCGUCGCCUCUCUUUCUUUCAUUAUGCUGGCCAUGUGUCGACGCAGACUAGUAGGGGAGGGCGUGAAGCUAGGAUUCCUCACCGGAGCCUAUCGGGUCGGAGACUUGGAAUACAUCUUGGCUCCGUCUUCACCUCUGUGGCACAUGGGAUUCAAAUAUCUUUCUCUCACGGAAAUCGUUCUGACUUGUUACCUGGUGUUUUCUACACUCAUGUCUACUGUCGUUGGUCCGAUGUCCGCCUUUAUGCUUAUUCCGACCCUGGAGAGAUUUCCAUUGGACCACGCGAGCGCAUUUAGCGAGAUCAAAAUGCCCAUCGUCUACGACUACAGCCCUGAGGAGGUUUGGCCUCGAAUAUUGAAUGAUAUCGCCAUCUUUUCCAUGCUAUGCUCGAAGAGCGAAGGAAUCGUUCAGUCCUGGUGCCCAGCUGCACUUUACAAGAUCCUUCACCUUUUCAGUGGCUCGAGCGAGGAUGUCGACAAUUCUCCCGAGAUGCUCCUUACUGAGCUGGGAACGACUGGAGCAGAGUAUCUUUUGUCCACAGUGUUCGGCGUGUAUCUUACCGAAGCCCUAGCUCGCACAGGAGCUGGCGGUAUGGCGUCUGUGGAUGUAGAGGCAGACGCAGAUCAGAUGAGCGAUAUGAUCUGA